AUUCAUCCUACAGGCUACAAAGUGUCAUAAAAUUUUUGCCAAAUUUAUAGUCACCAAAGGCUAUUAAGGCGUGCAAGUAGUAACAAAUUGAACUUGGAGUAAUUUUGUUGAGUUUCUUCACCGCCACUUUUAUGAGUAAUAGCGCCAUGGUUGCCGUUGCCAUUUGUUGUAUUCUGGUGCUGCUGGCCGUCUUCAUUGUCAUCAUCAUAGUGGUGGGCCAGACAAUGGGAGAGCCUAAGUGAGAUAAACUCCAGCUGGGACCCGGUAAUUUCCCAGAUGGAUAACAAAGGCCUACCGAAUGUUAGUACAUCUCGUUAAAUACCUCCACCGUCAAUACCACCAUCAUUACAACAACCGCCAUUGAUGGUCAAAGCACUCCCACACCCAAAGAGGCCCAUAGAGCAGAACGCUUAACGUCAAGGAAAAAAGUGUAGAUAUAACAUAAAAGCAUCAAAUUCAGACACCAGACAUUUUGUAGAACUCAUUUUGAAAAACACUUCUAUGCUCCCAGAGAAAUGUAAUAAUCAAAGUCACAACAACAAUAACAACAUAGAAUCGCGCCAAAUAUUCAAAGGUUAUCAAUAAAAAAAAUUUUUUUUAACAAAAUAACAUAACGACGAAUUAAAAUUCUCAACCCAUCGUGUCAGUAUCAAAUUGGCUGUGAUGUGUAAUUCUUUUUUUUUGUGAAACAAACAACAACAACCACAUGAAAUCAACAAAUAACAACAACAACAACCAAAAAAGCAUAACAUCAAUUUAAUUUAAAAUAUUCAAAAAAAAAAUCCUUUA